AUGAUUCUAAAUCACAAAGAAGAUAAAUAAAUAAUUAUUGCAAUAGCAGGUGUUCCAGGAUCUGGAAAAACAUAUUUCUGCAAAAAUGUUAUAUGUUUACAAUACCCAGAUGCAAAAGUAAUCCCUAUGGAUGGCUACCAUAUAUAUCGUAAAGAUUUAAAUGAAGAGGGUAUAAAAAGGAGAGGAGCAGCUUUUACAUUCGACUAUUAAAGAUUCAAAGCAGAUUUAACAAAUUUAAGAGAAACUGGCACAGGGUCAUUUCCGGAUUUCUAACAUUCUAUAAAAGACCCUGUUGAAAAUGCAAUCCAUAUUACUAAGGAAGACAAAAUAAUUGUAGUGGAAGGAUUGUAUUUAUUUUUAAAGGAAUGGGAUUUAAAACAUCUUUUCGAUCAGAAAUUCUUUAUUAAUAAGGAAUUUAAUGCAUAAUUGAUUGGACAACGCCAUUAUGUUUGUGGUAUUGAGGAUACUUUAGAAAAAGGCAUACAGAGAGCAAUAGAAAAUGACAAAGUCAAUGCUGAGUAUAUAUUAUAGAAUAGUGAUUUUUCUGAUGUGACAUAUAUAAAAUGAUCAAAGAAUAUCAGGUGAAACUGA